AUGACCGGGCCAGAUGAAUGGCUAGAAAAGAUAAAAAAAUGUCAACCAUUAACAGAACAUGAAAUGAAACAGCUGUGUGAAUUGUGUAAAGAAUUACUAAUGGAAGAAUCAAAUAUUCAACCAGUUAAAACGCCAGUAACAGUUUGUGGUGAUAUACAUGGACAAUUCCAUGACUUACUAGAACUAUUUAGAACAAGCGGAGGGUUCCCUAAUGAAAAUAUAAAUUAUGUUUUUUUAGGUGAUUACGUCGAUAGAGGUUAUUAUUCAUUGGAAACUUUUACUUUGCUAAUGUGUCUAAAAGUGAAGUAUCCGAACAGAAUGACUUUAGUUAGAGGUAAUCAUGAAUCAAGACAAAUUACUCAAGUUUAUGGGUUUUAUGAAGAAUGUUUAAAUAAAUACGGUUCCACCACAGUUUGGAAGUAUUGUUGUCAGGUUUUCGAUUUUUUAACCUUGGCUGCUAUCAUUGAUGGCAAGAUAUUGUGUGUCCAUGGGGGGUUGUCGCCAGAAAUCAGAAUGUUAGAUCAAAUUAGAGUAUUAAGUAGAGCUCAAGAAGUGCCCCAUGAAGGUGGAUUUAGUGAUUUACUAUGGAGUGAUCCUGACAAUGUUGAAUCUUGGCAAGUGUCCCCCCGUGGAGCUGGUUGGUUAUUUGGUAGUAAAGUUGCUAGAGAAUUUAACUAUGUAAAUGGACUACAACUAAUAGCUAGAGCACAUCAAUUAGUUAUGGAGGGUUUCAAGUAUCAUUUUCCUAAAAAGGAUGUGGUGACUGUUUGGAGUGCUCCUAAUUAUUGUUAUAGAUGUGGUAACGUUGCUAGUGUUAUGAAAGUUGAUGAAGAUUUGGACCCUACCUUUAAGAUAUUUAGUGCUGUACAAGAGGAUGAAGCAGCAGGGGCUGGUAGUCCUGGUGGUAGCGGUAAUAAUGGUAAUAGUAUGGUAAACAAUAAUAGAGGAGGUUACUUUUUGUAA